AGUAGCGCUUCUCCGCGAAGCUAAAAUCCGAUCGGAGCAGAGCCCCCACCGCUCCGCCGCGUCCCCGCAUGGCGCGCUCGUCGCGGCUCCUCUUCUCCUCCGCCUCCGCGGCGCGCGCCGCCGCCGCCGCCGACGAUGACGACGACGGCUCCGGCGACGGAGCGUCCGACGACGAGGAGCCGGGCGAGGUGAUCGAGUCGGCGCCGCCGCUCCGCGUGGGGGAGGAGAGAUCGCUCGGCGUCGGCGGCCUCAGGAAGAAGCUCCUCAGGCGCGGCCGCGGUUGGGAGACCCCCGUCCUCGGCGACGAGGUCACAGUUCACUACGUGGGCAUGUUGCUCGAUGGGACAAAGUUCGAUUCCACCAGGGAUCGGGGGGAGCCUCUCACUUUUAAGCUCGGCCACGGAGGGUUGGUUUCUGGGUUGGAACAAGGGAUAACUACAAUGAACAAACGGGAACUAGCACUGUUCACAUUGCCUUCUUCUUUGGGUUAUGGAGAGAGUGGAGCUCAAGGCGUUCCUCCUGGUGCUGAUAUUCAAUUUGAGGUGGAACUUAUAUCUUGGAUUGCAGUGGUGGAUAUCUGUAAGGAUGGUGGAAUAGUCAAGAAAAUUCUCUCAAGUGGGGAUGAUACGCAAACAAGGGAUCUCGACGAAGUUACAGUCAAGUACCGAGUUAUGCUACAGGAUGGUUCAGUUGUUGCAAAAUCACCGGAAGUAGGAUUAGAGCUUUACAUUAAUGAAGGGCUUUUGUGUCCAGCAUUGCCAAAGGUCCUAAAGACAAUGAGAAGAGGAGAGAGGGCCGUUGUAACUGUUCAACCACAAUAUGCAUUUGGAGAGCAGGGUAGAGAUGCUGAAGAUGGAUUUCCAUCUAUUCCUCCAAACGCCAUACUGAAUAUUGAUAUAGAACUAGUUUCUUUAAAGCCUGUAGUUGAUGUUACUGGUGACAUGAAGGUCAUUAAAAAGAUACUGAGGGCAGGUGAAGGGACUCGUAGACCACGUGAUGGGGAGACUGUUCAAAUUAGAUGCAUUGGCAUGCUGGAGGAUGGCACUGUCUUUGAGAAGCUUGGCUUCGACGGAGGACUUUUUGAAUUCAUUCUAGAUGAAGAACAGGUAACAGCCGGAUUAGAUAGAGCUGUGGCUACAAUGUUGAAGGGCGAACUUUCUCAAGUAACUGUGGAGCCAGAGUAUGCAUUUGGAAACAAUGAAAUUAAGCGCGAUAAUAUAACUAUUCCUGGUUGCACGACAUUAAUGUAUGAAGUGGAGCUUGUAGACUUUACAAAGCAGGAGAAAGAAUUACAGGAGAUGAGUGCCAGUGAAAAGAUAGAAGCUGCGGAGAAAACAAAGAAUUCAGGGAAUGAACUGUAUAAAAGCGGCAAGUUUCAUCGAGCUGCAAAAAAGUACGAUAAGGCCAUUAACUAUAUUAAUGAUGACGAGCCCUUUGAACAUGGUGAGGAAAAGGUAGUUAAAACCCUGAGAACUUCGUGCUGGUUGAACCAUGCAGCAUGCUGCCUUAAAUUACGAGAAUUUCAGGAGACAAUCGGGUUAUGCUCAAAGGUACUAUAUAUUGAGUCGUGCAAUGUGAAGGCCUUAUAUAGACGAGCACAAGCGUAUAUUGAAUAUUCGGAUUUGGACUUAGCUAAGCUGGAUAUUCAGAAAGCGCUUGAAAUUGACCCGCACAAUAGGGAGGUGAAAGCAUUACAGAGUACUCUGAGAAAGCUUCAGGUUGAGAGCAAUAAGAGAGAUGCUAAGCUCUAUGCAAACAUGUUUGAGCGAAUGAGUAAGGAUGCGGAUGUUGCUCUGAAGAAACUCAAGGUCGAAAAGGCACACAGCGACGACGAAAGCGAUGAUGCUUCAGUUCACGCAAUGAUCAUAGAGCACCCAAAAAGAAAUGAGGCCGAGAAAGCACAAGAAGAGGUUAGAGGAGACACAGAGCAUCAAGCAAUGGAAGCAGAGCCUUCUUUGGCUAAUGCAACUGUUACCUGAAUCAGGAUUGUAGUAUAUAAAAUUAUAUGUGAAAUUUGGAUGCAAAGUAUGCUUUGGAUAUAUAUUUUUUUCUUUUUCUUUUUUUUUCAGUUUGUCCAAGUUAAUAGCGAAAAAACUCAACAUAUGCAUCAUAAACUAAUCUAAAUUAUUCCAUUUUAUUC